CGCAAAAGGAUUCUGACAAACACAAGGAACGAAAGAGGCAGGAGUGCGCAAAACACCAAACAGAAAGUAUCACAGUCGGUAUUAUUAUCACAGUAGGCCACAAUGAAUCCGCCCGAUGAAUCCAUGAGUCUCCUGAGGUAUGACAUGCCAAUUAUGGUCAGCACAGACCAUGCAGAUUUAGCACAGGUUUGCUGUCCUAGUGGGAGCGCUGAUCCGCAGCCUUCGACGUCUCGGCGUUUUCCGUCACCUACUAAAGGUAAAGCAGAAACCAGCGGUCAGCAGAAAGCUGAGGAAAUCCUGAACAACAUGUUUCCACCCAAGAAAUGGUUUAAGGACGACAAAUUAUGGGUGCAGCAGGUGUCCCAUACACCUUGUAGAAGACUAGAUGUGGUGGACCUGGAGGAAAUCUUUGCCCAAAGGCUUACGGAACAGCAGGCAAGAAAAAGAGGCAUCUGCCCUAUUCGGAUGGAGAUCUACUCCCAGUGCUUUGACGAGCUACUUAGACAGGUGACUCUUGACUGUCCUGAGAGGGGACAACUCCUGGCACGUGUCAGAGAGGAGAUUAACAUGACAGUCGCUGCCUAUCAAACCCUGUUUGAAAACAGCAUCAUUUACGGCAUCAGAAAAGCACGCGAGGCUGAACAGUGUGCGACUGACCAAAAGAAAAAUAUUACUGCAAUGGAGGCCGAGGUUCACGACCUGAAGACGCAACUGAGCGAACUGAGAACCAAAUAUGAAGCGUAUGAAAAGGUUGAGAAUCAAAAACAGCAGCAGAUGGAAAAGCCUUAUCGAGCAAAGAUAGAGUUCCUGAAGAGAAUCCAACAGCAAAUCAUUGACCAGAGAGAUGAAAUAGAGAAGCCGUUUCCAAUUGAAGAAAUGCAUUUCAUAGUCAGUGGUGAGGAAAAAGCCUGAAAGGCUCACAGUAAUGGAUGAUUAAAUCCAGAAGGAGGCAGUAAUGCAACAUCACAGACGCUAACGGCCAUAAAACAGAGGAAGCGGGACUUUUUUUUCUCUUAUUACUAUAUUCUGUUAUCAGAAAAGGACAAUCUCCAGAGAGAAAGCAGCCUACAUUUACAAAAUCUCACUACAUCGUUACACAAUUCAGUGUAACGGCUGUAACGUUGUCUAUUGUACAUGAGCUGUGGUGAAUGUCAUGUACUUUCAAAGAUGUAGUUUCACUCUUGGAGGAUAUAAAUGACAACAGUUGGGAAAAAAGUAACAAAAAUAUUCUUUAUUUCCAAUAAAGAAUAUGUUUUGUUGUUUUUGUUACUCUUUUUUUUUUUUGAAGCCACUCUUAGUAGCUAUGACUACAUUUAUAUUUCUCUGUGCCCAGUCAUGGAAAAACCAGCAACAAGUGGGCCGAUGGACAUUUUGAGUUAUUUACAGAUUAUUAAUAUGUAAUUUCUAAACUUUCCAUCAAUGUCUAACACAUGUAAAUUUGAACAUAUUUGUAGAAGAUGUGGCGAUUUGAAUUUUAGCCUCAAAGAUUUACACCUUCUGGGAGCCAAGAGACAGAAUCAUCACAUUUACAUAGUUGUUCAUAUUAAUAGCAGAUGCUCACAUGCUCCCGUUACAGCAGGGGUGUCCAAACUUUUUUUUAACUAGGGCCAGAUUUGAUAAUGUGAAGAUGUCUGGGGCCAAUGGUCACAUCAGACCUUUAUUUAUUUAUUUAUUUUUUUAAAUUUGACAGGAAGCCACUCGUCACUUCACUUGUAACAAGUGUACAUAUUUCUCUAUAUAUCGAUAUAUCAAAAACCAGUUGUCAACUUAGAAAUGUACCAAUAAACAACCUCAGUUAACAAAA